AUGAAGCGUGCCAGGAGUCUCUCGCCGAAAUCCGUUAAAGAUAAUAUUCUUGCAAUCCCUUCUUUUUCUGAUUGGAAUCUUCUUCAUAAUUCGGUGUUGGCGUUGUUACCAUCAGCUCCUCUUGUUCGAAAUUCACUGGCUGUUGUUUCUGAAGAGAAACUCGUUCUUAAGGUGGCGGCCUUUGAUUUGGAUGAUACUCUUAUCAUGCCCCGCAGUGGAGCGGUAUUCCCACGUGAUGAUCCCACUGAUUGGAAGUGGCUACUGCCAACAGUGCCGCGUCACUUGCGUUAUUUACAUGAUGCGGGAUUUAUGGUGGUCAUAUUAAGUAACCAGUCCGGCAUAGGUGGAAAGAGUUGGAAUGAAAAGAAGGCAGAUGCUAUCAAGCGGAAGAUUAUAGGACUGAGUAAAGUGUUAGAAAUGCCUUUAGCGGCCUUUGUUUCUACAAAGGAGGAUGAAUGGCGAAAACCAAAUGUGGGGAUGUGGAAAUUAUUACAGGAACACUCAAGUACUGCAGUAGGAAAAGACGUUACAUUGAGUAAUGAAUUACCCGGUUUUGUUUUUUACGUUGGGGAUGCCGCCGGACGGAAAGUACGUACUCUUGCUGGAAGAAAAAAGGAUUUUAGCUGUUCUGAUCGCAAAUUUGCCUUUAAUAUUGAGAUUCCUUUUCUUACUCCAGAGCAACUAUUCCAAUGCCCUAUUACUGAAUUACUUGAUAAUGAUGAUAAACAUCAUCAUCAUCAUCGCUAUGAUUAUUCUAAGAGUGACGUUGAGAAAAUACUUUCUACUCGUCUGUUGACAUUAUCAGCGGCGCCUUGCGAAAUAGACUGGGGUGGUGUUGGACCUGAUGAAUUAAAAGGAUUGGCUUCAUCUUACGACAACCUUACGGUGAAACGUAUUAAAUCUGAUGGAACGAAAGAUAAUUUUGAAAUUCCAACACCGGCAACAUUUAUUCGGGAUUCACAAGAGAUGGUAAUAUUUGUUGGAUAUCCUGGGUGCGGCAAAACAACGUUUUUUAAGCGUUUCUUUGAGCCUGCCGGAUACGUACACAUUAAUCGUGACACUCUUAAAACAAAAGAAAAGUGUUUACUGGAGGCGGAGAAGUCGUGGAAAGCUGGUAAGAGUGUUGUUAUUGAUAAUACUAAUCCAUCUCAUAGUGAAUGUAUGCAAUACAUUUCUGUGGUAAAGCAACAUAGUCCAAAUUGUAGUUCACUACCAGUACGUAUAUUCGUAUUUCAGGUAUCCAAAGAAAUGUCUAUGCACAUGUCUAAUGUUCGUGCACGACUUGGUAUUGCACCAAGGAUAAGUCGGAUAGCUUUUAAUGUGUUUCACUCAAAGUUGGAGUCAUGGAUUUCUGAAUCUGUGAAAUCCAUGUGUGUUGAAGAGUUGCUUGAAAUUCCACUUGUGGCGUGUUUUGAUGGUCUACCUGAAGGUAUAAAACGAGAAUUCUACUUGCUCUCAUAA